UUCUGAUCCGGCUCAGUCCAACUCUCUUUCUCUGUCACUAAAUCACAGCUUCUGUAAUGAUUUACUUGAAUCUGGCAACCCAUGUCUGGAGCGGUGAUGGGAAAGUUUCUGCUUCACCGUUGAUGUCUUUUCUUAUUAGCACACAUUUCUCAACAUUUAGACCAAAACUAAGCUAAAGGUAUGUGUUUUUAGCUCGUGGAUUUGGUAGUUAUCAUGUUCAUCAAAAAUUAGACGAUGUUUGAAUGCUGACAUUUGUGUAAAUCAGUAAUAUAUGUACUUGAUUGACUCCCUUCCCCCCGCCUCGUUUGAUUUAAUCCAGGUUUUUGUUUUUUUAGUAAUGUUAGACUGUGUUUAUAAUUUGAGAGAAAGCUAGCAAAUCCUCUGGCUAGAUUUCGGUAUUUAAAUUCCACCCUUGCUAAAUUGUUAACUUUAAUAAGUUUGGUUAGUUUUAUAUAUUUUUUUUUAUUAGGAAAAAAUAUAAUUAACUGGCGAGGCUAAUUCACAUGAAUCCAAAUCGCGUACUACUACUAUUGUACUACAUAGUACUUAUGUCAGAAUUACAUGCAUACAUAAUGGAGGCGCACUACAGAGUACGGUAGUACACUCGUGUGCUAUUCUGGACGUAGCCCUAGCAACUGCCCGUGAGUCACGUGACCAUUAGCUAUCCUUUAAAGUUUAAAGGGUUAGCAUGCUCGUUAUGAGAAGUCAUUUCCCCCGUUUUCAGUAGCUUCUACUACAUUCUUUCUUUCCUUCCUUCUUGCAGUGUCUUUUCAUAUCAUUUUUCAGAAAUAUGGAUAAUCCCGUUUGGGAGAAUUCGAAUUAUGAAAUAUUAGCGGAAAUUGGCGAGGGUGCCUACGGAAAAGUGUACAAAGCGAGGGAGACCUGUGAGAAACAGCGCCUCGUAGCGGUCAAGAGGCUCAACAUCGGCGCAGACCCGGACGCAGGCAUCCCUCAGUUCAUGAUCCGCGAGGUGGCGCUGUUGCGAAAAAUAGGCUAUUUCAACCACCCAAAUGUAGUGAAGUUGUUGGACGUGUCAGCUGGUCUGAGGAAACCAGGCUUGGACCUGACACUGGUGUUUGAGUACAUCGAUCAGGAUCUGUCCUCUUUCCUCAGUACCGCUCCUGAGGACGGUCUGGGCACAGACAAAAUAAAGGACGUGAUGCGGCAGCUGCUGAAGGGCCUCGAUUUCCUCCACACUAACACCGUCAUGCACCGUGACCUGAAGCCCUGUAACGUGUUGCUGAGCAGCCGCGGGGAGGUGAAGAUCGCAGACUUCGGCUUGGCGAGGAUCUACACUAACUGUAUCGCCCUGACACCCUGCGUAGUGACUCUGUGGUACAGGGCUCCUGAGGUGUUGCUCCAUUCUAACUACAUGUCUUCUGUGGAUAUCUGGAGCGCUGGCUGCAUCUUUGCGGAGCUCUUCCUGCUAAAACCUUUGUUCCAGGGAUAUACAGAGGUCCAGCAGCUUCAGAAGAUCUUUGAGGUGAUUGGGUUGCCCGGUAAAGAGGACUGGCCUAAAGAAAGUCCCAUCCACUAUAAUCCAGCCUGGGCUAGACGAGACGUCACCACACAGCUGCUGCCGAGCCUGAAUGCAGAGGAGAACAACCUGCUCAAUCAAUGUCUGGCCUUCAAUCCAGCCCAGCGCAUCUCUGCUUAUAGAGCUUUAGCCCACCCUUUCUUGGCUGGUCCUUAAUCUUAAAACACAAUAUAAUAGAAGCUGAGGGACAUGGCAUGAAGAAACAUUCAAAUGAAGGGGUUCAAUGGAGGCAAGUAGAUUCGACUUGGGCUCCUUCCACCCACAUACCCAAGAAAUCAAGUAAGGAAUAACACACUUGGAGGUGUGCUGUUAUAGGAAAGUAAUCAACAACAAGGUGGUGUGAUACGGACGUCCAGUGGAGUUAUUGUUACCACCCUGAAGUUGAUUGGUUUUGUAUAAUGACAUGUUCCAAAGUGUUUUAUUCCUAUUAUACUGCAACAAUUUGUCAAUAAUUGUAUAUUUUCUUAAUUUAUUAACGAACAACACAUCAUACUUUUUGACCUGUCAUCUGCCAUACAAGUAAAUUGGUACUAUAGAAAUAAUACCAUAUUAGAAGUAACUAGAAUACAAACUCUGCACUGGGCGCUAUUUUCAGAGCUGCUUAAAUAGAAAUGUACUCAACACCUUCUGACCAAUCAGAAUCACGCUCAACACUGUGGUAUAUACGAAGUUAAAACAGGAGGUGUUUAAAGUACAGGUGUAGAAGCAACAGUCUGUUGUAUGUUAUUAUGUGAGGAGAUAAAAAGGUACAUUUGGCUAAAUACAACAAGGGAUUUUUAAGCAGCAAAGCAGGGACAUAGACUUUUGAUGAAACUUGAAAAGUCCUUGGUGAAUUUUCUUUUGUUCCAGCACUCUAAAUGUCUUUAUAGGACUGUGGAACAAACAUGUUUGUUUACUUUCACACUUUUCCAAGGUGUGUUAUCUGAUGAUGAAAUGAUUUCUAGCUACAGUCAGCAUUACAAUACAGUAGCAUUAUUUCUUCAUAUUUCACUCCGAGAUCUGGUAGUACAGGAUUUCCACACAGAUUAAAUAUGCAAAUUAAAUUAUUGACACUUUACUCAAAGCUGCCAUGUAAUGAUAAUGCUUGUCUUAUGGCAUUUGAAGCUUGCAUUCUUUAAGGUUGCUUACUGUACGCAGUAAGGACUGAAAAGGAAAAUUAAGCAGAUUUGUAUUUGUUUUGUCUUAUCAAAAGCUCAGGUCAUGCUUGCUCAGCUGAAGUGUUUCCACUGAACUGAACUGUAAACAACUUCAGGUCUCAUAUUAACUGUCAAAGAGAGCAACUUUAAGGAUGAAAUUGAUUGUUAGUUGAACAGUACAGUUCGGUUGUUGUUUUUUUUUUAUUUUAUGUGUUUCCCUGAGAUGUCUUCUUUCUAAUCUUUGCUGGAUUUGACACUGAACUGUUACAGCCACUUCUGAAAAACAACAGCCCCUGUUUAUGGUUUUACGGGCUGCCUAGGAUUUCAGUACCUGUGUCUUUCUGGAUGUCUAAAGUGCCUCUGUUGUUAGAUUGUUUUUUUUCCCCCAAAGCAAUUAAAAUGUUUAAAGGAUUUUCAGAGUACUGUAUUUGUUGCCUCUCUGUGCAUUGUGUGAUGUUUUAUACAUUGUCUUUCAAUGCACCAGAAAAAAAUUAGAUGUGUAAGAAAGUUUAAUCCCAUAUACAGUUUAAUGAGAUGUGUAAGUGAGUUUAAUCCCAUGGAUCCCUAUAUACAGUAAGUCUUUUUGUCCUUUUGUCAGUCUUUAGCAGGAAACCCAGGGCCCAUAUGUCUAUAGAUAUGUACAAUAUGUCUAUUUGUUCAAAAUAUUUUGGUCAUAAACUUCACGAAUAGUGUGCAUGCAUGACAUGCAUUGCCUAGAGCACAGGUUCCCAACCCUGGUCCUGAAGUACCCUCUGUCCUCCAGAUUUUAAUGUUUUCCCUGCUCUAAUACACCCACUUCAACUCAGACAGGGAUGUUAAUUAACUUAUUAUCUGAAUUAGGUGUGUUGGGAGCAGGGGAAACACUAAAAUGUGCAGGACAGGGGGUAAUUCAGGACCAGGGUUGGGAUCCUCUGGCAUAGGGAAUGAAAUAAAGUUUCUGCAUCCAAAUUCUAAUGGUUUCCACUGCAAAUACCAUUACAAACCAUUAAUUGUUAACCAUUAAAACCAUAACCAAAUACUUUCCAUUAGACAGUAGGACAUAUGCAUAUACAUAAGGAUGUAGGUCCUUAGUGGUAUCCACUAGAGAUAAAACGCUGUAGAAAGCCACCAGUAGAAAGCAACAAAUUACCAGUAGAGACCCACAGUGACCAUUACAGUUUCCAUUAAAACCAAUACAAUUCCAAUUAUAACCAUUAAAACCA